AUGGACAAUCAGUUGAAUGACAUUGAAUCAUUGUGCAGACGAUUGAUCAACAAUAGAGUAUUAUCAACGAGGUUGUUCAAUCAUGUACAUGAUAUACAUGUAAGGGUGUUGUCAUUGUCAACUCGCAAGUCAUCAUCAACUCCGUCGCAGUCACAGUCACAGUCACAUGACCCAGAGGUUAUGAGAUGGAGGGAUCUAAAGACACAUUGGAUCAGUUGUGUAGAGUCACUCUUUGAUGAAGUCAACAUUAAGUUUAAGUGUGGACCAUUCGACAAGUAUCAAGGACAUGAGUACAUCAUCAAGUACAUCAUCAAGAAUGAGCAAUUCACAUUCAAGUUAUUAAGAACAUUGGAUGCAAUGUCAUCGAUUGGUAGAUUGGACCUUGUUCAAUACCUUCACCGCAAUGGUGCACCGGCAACAACGAAUGCGAUGGACCAUGCCCACUCAUUGGAUAUGUUCCUCUUCCUCCAACAACAUCGAACAGAGGGUCACUCACGCCGAGCAUUGGAGUUCGCCGCACACAAUGGUUGCCUGCCACUAGUGGAGCAUCUCUACAACACCGCCAUCGACAAGUUGGAUCACAAGAACGCUCUGGAUAGGGCAGCACGGGCAGGUCACCUUGAUGUGGUGCGAUUCCUUCACGAACACAAUCUUGGCAAUGAAGGAUGUACCUCUGACACAAUGGACGCUGUAGCAGGUAAAGGUCACUUGGAGGUGCUCGACAGAGGCCAUGGACAGUGCCGCAUCGAAUGGCCACUACGACGUCGUCAAAUUCCUCCAUGA